AAGCGGCAGUGGUAAACAGAGCUGUCAAACAACAUCAUCGACGCCAUUUCGACAACAGCCUUAAAAUGGCAGCAAAAUGCAGAGCGAUGAUCCCUCUUCACUAAAUAAGAAGCGACGCGAUCGCGAAUUCAAACGCGCUUUAACGGACUUUCGCGCCGAGAAGAUGGACAUCAGCACGGCCGUGUUUAACGCGGCGAGAGACGGAAAACUGAAACUCAUCCAGAAGUUGCUGAGCAACAAGAGCGCGGAGGAGCUGGAGGCUCUGGCUGAGGAGAAGACGCAGGGCGGCACGCCACUGCUCAUCGCGGCGCGCUACGGGCACCUGGAGGUGGUGGAGUAUCUGCUGGAGCACUGCAGGGCCGGCGUGGAGAUCGGGGGAUCUGUUAACUUUGACGGUGAGACGAUCGAGGGCGCUCCGCCGCUGUGGGCCGCGUCGGCCGCCGGGCACCUGCCGGUGGUGAAGUCUUUACUGUGUCACGGGGCCUCCGUCAACAACACCACCCUCACCAACUCCACCCCGCUGCGGGCCGCCUGCUUCGACGGGCACCUGGAGAUCGUGCGCUACCUGGUGGAGCACCACGCUGACAUGGAGGUGGCAAACCGGCACGGGCACACCUGCCUGAUGAUCUCCUGCUACAAGGGCCACAGAGACAUCGCUAAGUUCCUCCUGGAGCGCGGAGCCGACGUCAACCGCAAGAGCGUGAAGGGCAACACGGCUCUGCACGACUGUGCCGAGUCCGGGAGCCUGGAGAUCAUGAAGAUGCUCCUGAAGUGCGAGGCGCGCAUGGAGCGUGAUGGCUACGGGAUGACUCCGCUGCUUGCCGCUAGCGUCACCGGACACACCAACAUCGUGGAGUAUCUGGUGCACCAGCCGCGGCCGAGCAGGGAGGAGCGCGUCGACGCGCUGGAGCUCCUCGGAGCCACAUUCGUGGACAAGAAGCGCGAUCUGCUGGGCGCGAUGCGCUACUGGCGGAGAGCGAUGGAGCUGCGGACGGCGGGCGAGAAGGCGGGCGGCUACUUGGCGAAACCGGCUCCGGGGCCACCGGUGCCAGCGUACGAGUGUGCGCGUGAGGUUAGCACUGCAGAUGAGCUGGAGGCACUAAUCACGGAUCCGGACGAGAUGCGCAUGCAAGCGUUGCUAAUCCGCGAGCGCAUCCUCGGGCCGUCGCACCCGGACACCUCCUACUACAUCCGCUACCGUGGCGCCGUCUACGCCGACUCGGGGAACUUCCAGCGCUGCAUUAGCCUGUGGAAGUACGCGUUAGACAUGCAGCAGAGCAACCUGGACCCGCUUAGCCCGAUGACGGCUAGCAGCUUCCUCUCGUUCGCCGAGCUCUUCUCCUUCGUGCUGCAGGACCGCGCUAAAGGCACGCUGUGCACCCGCGUCACCUUCCAGGACCUGAUGGGUGUGCUAGGGAAGAGCGUGCGCGAGGUGGAGCGCGCAGUAGCGCAGCGCGACAGUCCGCCGGAGGCACCGCAGUUCACCAAAGCGCUGUCCAUCAUCCUACACCUGCUGUUCCUGCUGGAGAAGCUGGACUGCGCUCCGGAGCAGGAGCACCUCAAGCGGCAGACCGUGUACCGGCUGCUAAAGCUAAACCCGCGCGCGCGGAGCGGCUACACACCGCUGCACAUGGCCGUGGACAAGGACACCACGUCAGUGGGGCGCUACCCAGUCGGGCGCUUCCCGUCGCUAGCCGUGGCUAGCCUGCUACUAGAGUGCGGGGCGGACGUUGACUCACGCGACUGCGAGAACAACACACCACUACACGUAUCCGCUGCUAACGGCUGCCCCGAGAUCAUGGCGGCGCUAAUCCGAGCCGGCGCUCACUUCGACGCCACCAACGCGCAGCACAAGACGGCGUACGAGCUGCUGGACGAGCAGAGCAGCGGACGACACGCACUACACCCGCUAAGCUACGUCACGCUACAGUGCCUAGCUGCGCGAGCCAUCGAGAAACACAGACUUCCCUACAAAGGGCUGAUCUCAGAGGAGAUGGAGGCGUUCAUCGAGCUGCACUGACACACACGCUACUACGCACACGAUCCAUGCAAUAAUCCCGGCGUUAGCGCGCGGAGUCAGAGAUAGCGCUGGGACGAGCCGCGGACACCAGCCCUGGUCUCUGAUUGGUUGCUAUUCUUUGAUUGACAGGGCUUAAUGGGUCCGAUGCAAAUUGAAAUGCAAAAGCAAAACGUUUUCUAUCAGACUCCAGUAAUGUCAUGACGUGUUCAUCUUCCCGUCGGCGAUCCUGAUCCUGAAGGACUCGGUGCCAAAACUAGCCUUACAUCAUCAUCUUUUCUAACGUGUGAUUUUAAUGUUUUUAUUGAAUGACUGGCACAGUGUUUUCUUUCAUCUGGGGAGUGACUGUAAUAUAUUUAACUCUGCACUUUAUCCACCCGUCAGCUGUUUAUGAAUUGCUGGCGUUACAUUGAUAUCUAUGCAGUUUAUGAGCGGAGGAGCGCUGGAGGGGCAGAG